AUGCAUGUUCCCAUCAGGGAACAGCUGCUCCAUUCAGAUGCUUGUUCCAUUCAAGAACAACCGCUCCCAGAUGCCUCCACGCACCAAGCAAAAGUCGGUGAAAACACUGAAUCAGCAGGACCAACCGAUCAGGAGAAAACACCUCAUCCAACCCGUAGACUAGGAAAGGAACAGACGGAGCCUUCAGCAGAGGGAGUGCGCCUAGCAAGGAACAUGAGGGCACCAGAUCGCUCUGAGAGUGGAGAGUCAGACUGA